AUGUCAAUUACCCUUUCUUUAUCAAACAAGGAUAAAACUACUAGUCUAGUGUACAAUUAUCUUUUACCCAUUCAACUAGAAGUUAAAGACGCGGCCGAUGAAAAUCCUGUUUUAACGCUUGCUGACAAUAAAAAUAUUGUUGGCUCUAAUUCAGUUAUAAUUUAUUUAAUUGAAAAUUUUGGAGAACUAAAACAUAAAAAUGCCAAUGAUAUUAUUGAAGUUCAAAAAUGGCUCAACGAAACUGAUCCACAAAUAAAUCCUAAUUUAAAAAACGUCGCAAAGGAUUUAAAUGAUCAUUUGACGCUUCGUACAUAUAUUAUUGGAAAUUAUUUAACUGUAGCUGAUUUAGUGGUGUUUUCACGUCUUCAUUCUAUUAUUGCUGAAUUUUCAUCGGAAAGCAGAUUCGAGUUUUCCAAUUUAAUACGUUGGUUUGAUUUUAUCCAGCAUACAGCUGUUUCCAAAAUAGCUCCUAAACUAGGUUUUAACGUCAUAGAAUUUAAUUUAGAAGCCCCAAAGGUUGAUAAAAGUAAGCAACAAACUCAAGAUAUAAAAAAAGAACAAGUUGAAAAGGCACCCGAAAAAGAAUCAUCGAAAGGCAAUAAAAAAAAUGAUAAAAAGGCUGAUAAAACUUCUAAAAAAGCUACAAAGGAAACCAAAGAAUCAACAUUAGUAAUAACUCCAUCUUUACUUGAUUUGCGUGUUGGGCACAUCAUUAAAGCCGAAAAGCAUCCUGCUGCUGAUUCAUUGUAUGUUGAACAGAUUGAUGUUGGCGAGGAAACUCCAAGGACUGUGGUUAGCGGUUUGGUUAUGCACAUUCCAUUAGAUCAAAUGCAGAAUCGAGAUGUUAUUUUGCUUUGCAAUUUAAAGCCUGCAGCUAUGCGAGGUAUUAAAUCACAUGCUAUGGUUCUUGCAGCAACAUCACACGAAGGAAAAGUUGAAUUAGUUGAUCCACCAAUUGGAUCUAAACCGGGAGAUCGCGCAUUUUUCGACGGUUUUGAAGGCGUUCCGGAGCCUAUUUUAAAUCCCAAGAAAAAGAUAUGGGAAACAUUACAACCAGGUUUAUUAACUACAGCAAAUAAAGAAGCUUCAUGGGUUAACAGUGAAGAUAAAAGUGUUCAUCUUCUUAAAACUGAAAAAGGUCUCUGCACUGUACCAACUGUUGUUAAAAUUCAAAGUAAUCGUCAUAAUAUUAGAGAAACAGUUAAGAACAAUAUUAUUGAAGAAUGUAAAAAGCAUGAGAAAUUGGAUCUUCAAAAAUUUAAAAAAAAGAUUUUAAAUCUUGAUGAUAAUGUUUUUGAUGGGGUUGAUGAAAAAUGUUUAACAAUUGAUCAAGCAAUAGAAAAGUUGACAAUGGCGAAUAAGAAUAUGAUCGAAGAAACAAAAAAUAUGAAAAAAGAAAAUUUAAACUUAUUAGAAAAUAUUCAAAAAAUAAAUGAAGAUGUAAAUGAUUUGAAUAGUAGGUUAAAACCAAUAAGUAAAUAUAUGAUCGAAGAAAUUAAAAAAACAAGAAAAGAAAAUUUAAAAUUAUUUGAAAAUAUUCAAAGGUUUUUUUAA